AUGGAUGUUCUCGAUGCACUAGAUGACAUUGCAUCUCUCCAUGCUUCCUUGGAUUUCGCCAAUCUCCGCGAGGAUGCUGGCCGACUCAUCCACGGUUGGACGUGCCUUCUAAUCAGUCCCGACUUUGGGGCCGUUCCUCCCAUCAUCCACACCAUAAAACUCUGUCUCCUCCCACCGCUGUACGUCUUAAGGCAAGGCCGCAAGGCGAAGUUCACAGUGGUAACCCCUUUCCACAAACAGUGA